AUGAUUUAUCAAGCUGAACAUAUUGAUUAAACUCACUCCUCUACUGUUAUGAGAAUCUAAACUGAAGAAAAUAUUGAAUACGCUUUAAAAAUUCAAACCUCUUCCCAUUAACUUGCUAAAGAAUAAGAUUUAAAAAGAGAAUACACUAUAUUAAAGAAUCUCUAACAUGAAAAUAUAAUCUCUGUUGGUGAAUAUUUUGAAGAUUUGGCACUUGACAACUUCAAAGACCACAGCGAAGUUCGUGGAUUCACCAUGGAAUUAGCUUAAUGCGAUUUACUUACCUACUUGAAGAGCAAUCACCCCAACCCUCUUCAUCCCGUAAAGGCUAGAUAAAUUUUCUCUGGUAUUGCCAAGGCUGUUCAAUACCUCCACAGCAAAAACUUUGCCCACAAUGAUAUUAAGCUCGAAAAUGUCCUCAUUUUUGAAAACGGAGAAGCUAAACUUAGUGAUUUUGGAUUCGCUUGCAACACCAGUUCUCCUUUCUAAGCUGAAUAAUGGAGAUAUAGAGCCCCCUCUUUCUUGGCUCCUGAAAUGAUCAAGUAUUUAUCAAAGAAACCUUCUGCUGCCUCAAAGGACUCAAAUAACUAAUCUACAUUCGACCUCACUAAAACUGACUCUUUCGCUUUCGGAGUGUGCAUGUUUGAAAGUCUCUUCUUCGUCUUACCCUUCCACAGUGAAAGAGCUUUUGAAAAUGAUACCUACUACUCAUACAUUGUUUUAAAGAACUACGAAGGUUUCUGGGAGAUCCCUUUCAUCAAACGUUUAACCAACAUCUACUAACGUUUCUUUGACUCCUCUGAAGUCAGAUUCGCCCAACUCAAGGACUUACUCAACAAGCUACUUACAAGAAACCCUAGUGAAAGACUUUCUUUCAAUGAAAUUCUUACUCACCCUUGGUUUCAAUAAAUGAUGGAUCUUUCUGAUGAUGAAUCCUCUUGUUGA